AUGGCUACAACUAUCAGAUUCAAACCUUUGGUUCCACUUUCUCCUUUGCCUAAACAAACCAAUUCACCUCAAACUUCAUGGCUUUCCCUUCCAGUUUCUCGUCCUUUAUCUCAUCAACGUAGAUAUGUUGCAGUUUCUGUUGCCUUCAACCCACAAGGGAACUUCGAUGUAUCAUUAUUUGAUGAUAAUGAUGAAUCUAAAGUUGAACCUCCUUUGCCUCCAACUGAAGGCAGAUUCAAUGUUGUAAUUGAUAAUGAUGCUGUUAGUAGUCUUGACUUGUCCCCUUUUCAAGCUGCAACAGGCAUGAAAAAUCCCUUAUCUGUGAAACCGCAAGAGUUUCUUGAGCGUUCUAUUGGCUUUACCAUCAACUAUACAAGACAAGAUCCUCGCGAUCCUCGUGAGUUAUCGGAGUAUCCGGAUAUUAGACUAUGGUUUGUGAGACUUGAUGCUGCUUAUCCAUGGUUGCCAGUUUUGUUGGACUGGAGAGCUGGCGAGCUAGCUCGGUAUGCUGCUAUGUUAGUUCCACAUCAGAUGAAUAUGAAAAUGGGAGUUGUUUUUAAUCCAGAAGCAUUGGAAUUGUUUGUUAUGAAUAAAGUUUUUAUUGUGUAUUCAUGGUUGAAGCAUCACAACAUUCCCAAGCCUGAAUCGAAGGCAAAUGAUAUGGCAAGAAUGCUUGGAUUUGGAAUUGGAUAUGAACUAUAUGACUUAGUUGAAAAUCAUCCACUUGAAGAGUAA